UUAGGUGGUUUAUUUUGGGGUUUUUGUUGGGUUUUGGGGUUUUUUCCGUCACCUUUUUAAUUGCUUGUGUGUUUCUGCUGUUGGUUUAGCAACCUCUACCAGGCUUGCAUUGCAACUUGCUGCAUCUGAUUUCCUGUCAUUACAACAGUCUUUUAUGCACAUUGUCUGUAUCCUACACCAUAAAUGCUACAAGGAAAUGUUCUCUUGUUUCUGCAUUCACUCUCUUAAGAAAUAUUUACAGCCUGAUUUCUAAAAUAAGCCUUUAGAUAGAUGGCUUUUACAGCAUUUUAGCCAAGUGAGUAAAACACAGAUCAGGUGUGAUCAGAUUAAAACCACAGAAAAACAUGAGCAAUUUACUAGAUGUAGCUGAACUAACAAGGGAGAUAUAAAGGCUGCAUUGAUCUGAGUUUGAAGAAGGUGAAGGGCCUGCUGGUUACUGUGGCAGUGUUCUGCAUAUUUCCAAAAGCUGCUCUCUUGAACACACAAAGGCUGUUUCCCAAAUGGUAGCUGACCAUAAAUGGGACUUCAGUCAUAAUAAGUGCAUCAUAACUCCAAAUGGAACUAUUAAAUACAGCAGUUAUGUUAAAAUCUGCACAAUUAUCUUUGAUAUUUUUUGUGGCAUGGACUGCAUGUGAAGUUGCAGUAGGAAAAAAUUUGUAAUGAACAAGAAGUGCAGAUAACAUUCUAGUCUGUUUAGAUUUUGUCAGGUUUAAUUAUUUCAUAAAAUCCAUUUUGGCAGAAUCUACUCUGAAGAACACUUGCUUUAUAAGUAUUUUGUGGAAAGUCGAUGUGAUAUACUAAGUUAAGGUUUGUAUUGAAGAAUUGUCUGUGGUAUGUUAAACAUGUGCUCUGUCAGAAGAAAGGAGACUUGAAAAAGUAUGUAUUUAGCUAGCACUGGUUCAGCACUCUAACAGCCUAGUAUUUGGCAUCUGAAUUAUAUUUCACAUUAAGUUGUCUUUGAAUAUUUUCAUAAACAAGAGAGGCAGUGUAUUUUGUCUCAUACUCAUGGUUCUGAGUAGUCUUUGGGAGAUGACACAUUGUUUACUUUGGUUUCAAUAGUUUUCACAGAAUAAAGCUUUAACAGGAGCUCCGUCACGAUACAAUUGCCAGGCCUUUUAAGUUGUCUGGGGAUCAUGCCAAUACUCUUUGAAAAAGAACACAGCUAAUUAAUUCUUCCCGUUGCUGAGGAUUUCUGGCAUAAAUGAGCACUGGGAUCUCUGUCUCUCUUCAACAUUAUAAAGUCACAUCGAAGGGGUUGUUUUGAGGGUUUUUUUAUAGCUAGAAGCAGUAUGUACAACUAUUAGUAAAUGGGCAUUACUGCAAGAAUAACUUUAUAUUGUACUGCACACCAGUAUUUAGAAGUGUUCCUUUGUAAUUAAGCUCUGAUAUUAAUGAUUUUAGGAAGAAUUAUUUCUCUGAGUCACCAGUGUUGAGUUUUCCUUCUUCCAAUAAUUAAUGUCUUGAAUAGAUUUUUCUCAUUACUUCUGUAAUGCUGUAUUUCCUUGACUUUUAUGCCAGUCUCUGAAUGAAGCAAAAAUGUUGCUGCCAUCAGUUUCCUUUGCCUCCUGUUGGUACCCUUUUCUUCUAGAGUCUUAAUUACUGGCAGUCUUGGCUAUUCACUCCUGCAUUCAUGCCUUUUAUUUUCCACUUGCAUAUGUAACUUUCUAACAAUAUUCUGACAAUAUUUCUAACAAUAUUCUGGAUGAUCCUGAGUUCCAUGGCUGACAGCAGUGGGGUGUGUCUGUUCCUUAAGCUUCCAUCUGUGAAAGUAACUUUCAGUUCCUUUAAGUUUGCCCCUGGAGAUGCAUCCUGAGUCCUUUUUGUCAUUUCUUGCAACAUAAGAACUGGGAAAAAACCUUUUCAUUUGUCUUUUCUAGAGAGGCCUCAAAAGACCUCAUGACCUGUCACUUCAGCCUUCCUUAAGGUUAAUUUGAGUUUAUUAAUAAUCUUUUGAUAUCUUUGAGUUCUUUAGUGUGUUUUUCUUCUUGAAGUGAUGAUUGGAAUGAGACCCUCAUAUUCAUAUGAUACAUUUUUCAUAUGUUAAAUUGUCAGUGAAGCCAUAGCAGUUGCCUAUUGUAAUUGAAACUAAGGGAAAAAAACUUCUUUCUUUUUGUGUUGGAGUAUAUUUCUCUGAGUUAAAAUAGUGGGGACAGAGCCUCUUUGGUUUAGUUCCUCCCAUAUUACAGUAAAAAUAUUUUGCUGUGUUGAGACAUUUGAUGCACACGUGCAAAAAUUUAUCAGCAAAUUUAGUGAAGUGAUACUGCUUGCAGGCAUCUGCUUGGUGAUAAGCCACCAAAACUUAAAAGUACUGUAGCAAAAAUAAAAAUAAGCAGUCUCCCAAGUUCUGCAUGCUACCAACAAAUAGUUGAACUUUACAAGCAUUGAAUGAUGACCCAUAAAUCAUUUUACGCCUCAUGAAGAUGCAGACAAGUUUUUCUGUAGCACUUUUGAAUUUUAAGGUAAUUGUUACAAUACUUUGCUGCUUUGGAGUAAUAAAUGGGGAGCUGUGGUCAUUGUGUGUUUUAUUAAGACUUCAGACAUUGAAAAAUGAGUUAGAACACAAAAUACUUUAUUGAAAUGCAGCACUGGGGUGACAAUGUGGGCCAUUUGUUUUAAGUACUGGGUUUUUUUAUUUAUUCUCUGUGGGUUUUUGAAAAGACUACAUGGAUGAAUCUCUUUCAACAGAGUUUUUGCUGUGGCAGCUGUGAAGGUGCUUUUUUGCUGGUACAAUUUAAAUAAAGAGUAAAUACAAAAUUUUUGUAAUGUCCAGGGAACUUGAGGCAGAGAUCAUAGAAUUUGCUAUUCUAGGUUAGAGAAAUUGGAAAAAAAUUAAGCUAUCUUAGGAGGAUUGAGAGGAGUUAAAAAUUUAGCAGGAAGUUUAAUGAACUACUCAGUAGAAGAGGGAUGGAAAAAUGGAAUUUGAUGCUGAACUAGGGUAAACCAGUUUUCUUGUUAAUAGAAUUUUCUGGUUUUGUGGAUUUGCUGUGGUCUUGUUGGAUUUGAAGUUUAAUUAGAGAAGUAUUGCAGUACAGUUUUUGAUAAACAAUAUAAUUGUUUAGUUGUUUCAUUUGAAGAGUGUUUUUCUUAUUUCUUUAAAGAAGGUGCAAGAUCUGUAGUCUUGUCACUGCUUAAAUUAGUCUAGCACUGUAAACUCUUGAGGAAGUAAUACACAUGUACUUCUAGUGAGAUAUAGACUAAGUAACUUUUUAAAUUGCUCUACUGCUGCCACAGAGAAAGUGAAUAAAAUUCAUGGAGAUGCUUGAAUAAGAUUUACUAAUUUAAGAGACAGAUGUUCAUUGGAGUUGACUAUGCCAGGGUAUCUAUGAACCAUAUGGUCAUAUUUUUUUGUAAUAUUAGUUUAUAUAAAGAAGAUACCAUUCCAUUGCUUAACACACAGGUGCAUUCUUUGAAGAUUUAUUGGUAGAAAUUCUUCUUGGUAAAUGCCUGUAGAUAUCAUAUGGUCUGGACUGAUCCUUUGUAUGAAUGUGUUAAUUGGUGAUUGUGAAAUAGUCUUUUUCAUAGCUUUCAUAAUUUCCUUCAAAGCAGGAACAGAAUUAGCUGAAGAAGCCUGCAGUGUUAUUUCCUUCUAGUAAUAAUUUCAGAAUAUUCUGAAGUAUGUUGGGUGAAAACCAAGUAGACAAUCGCUAGUAAAUUCUGAAACUUAGAGACAUUGAACUUCUAUCCACAAUAUUCUGACAGUAAACAAAAACAAUGAUGGUAAAGGUAAAAAUGCAGGUACAUUAAAAAGUUGAGCAAACACUAUUUUCCAGUAUUUGAUGUGGACUACUUUGUGUUCAGUUGUGUUUAAAAUAACUAAAAAUACUGUUCUUAAACCAAAUAAUUUUAAUACUUUGAUAAAUCAAGUCUUUUUUUAUUCUUAAUGUAUUUUAUAAUAUCAGUAUAAAACCAAAGAGAGAAGGAAACGGACUGUCAGAUGUGUCUAUAAAUCAGCAAUUUUCAAGGUUAUGAGUGUGUGAAGGACGAUUACUUAGAAAUGUCACAUGGGAAAACAUCAAAAUAAAGUACAGACUUUGGCUGCAUAAUUGAAAAGGGAUUUUGUAUGUGUGUUUCAGUUUGUGGGGCGUUCUUUUGUUACAUCAGAAGUGCCUGCUUUUGGUGUCUCAAGGCUUUCCUUUCUCUUCCAGAAAAUGCUGGGACAGAAGAGAUGAGUACUCCCUUUACUAAGGCCUAAAACUGCCUGUUGAAAACAAUCCUGACCAGGCAAGAUACGAAUGGCCCAAGGAAGCCAGCAAAUUGAUAUUCAGGUUUUACAUGACCUGCGACAGAAGUUUCCUGAGGUACCUGAAGGUGUUGUAUCCAGAUGCAUGUUACAGGGUGCCAACAUUUUAAACUCAAAUGGGACAUGGGCAGAGAUAAGAUGAGGGGUAUUGUUUUGCUGGAAUAUGCUCAGUUCUGCCAUCAACCGGUUCUCUGAUCUGUAAAGAGCUAGAAGCGGUUGAAACUCUGCCUCUGCCAACCAGAAGAUGCCAGGGGUUCCAUGUGCCCGUUUCCCCUUUGAGUUCUCCAAUUUUCUCUUUGACGUCACUGAAAUUUUGGAAUUGAUUGGAUGCAGUCUUAAAAAGGAAAAAAAAAGUUGUCCAAAGAAAUGCAUUCAAGCUGAAUAAUAACAAUAAUUUGGAUGCCUGUUGUGCAGUUCUCUCUCAAGAGAGCACAAAGUAUCUCUACGGUGAAGGAGACCUGAGUUUUUCAGAUGAUUCUGGGAUUCCUGGACUACGAAAUCACAUGACAUCUCUUAAUUUGGAUUUGCAGUCACAGAACGUCUAUCAUCAUGGAAGAGAAGGAAGUAGAAUGAAUGGAAGUAGGACUCUAGCUCACAGUGUUAGUGAUGGACACCUUCAAACCAGUCAGUCCAACAAUGAACUGUUUCAGCAGGAACCACAGACAGCACCUGCGCAGGUUCCACAAGGAUUUAAUGUCUUUGGGAUGGCUAAUACAGUUAGUGCUUCUAAUCCAGGGCAGCAUCUUGGAUUUCACCUAGGCAGCAAAGGAGUAUCUAACUUGUCUCAACAAACACCCAGAUUCAACCCCAUUAUGGUAACUUUAGCCCCAAACAUUCAGCCUGGUCGCAAUACCCCAACGUCUUUGCACAUACAUGGUGUACCUCCUCCUGUACUUAAUAGUCCCCAGGGAAAUUCUAUCUAUAUUAGGCCUUACAUCACAGCUCCUAGUGGUACUGCUCGGCAAACACAGCAGCAGCCAGGCUGGGCAUCUCAGUUUAAUCCCAUGCACCCUCAGCAAGUCUACCAGCCUUCACAGCCAAGUCCCUGGACUACUAUUCCUACAUCCAGUACUACGCCACAUACCUCAUCGCAACACUCAACACAGCCAAACCAGCAAGGCCACCAGACUUCUCAUGUGUACAUGCCUAUCAGUUCUCCUACUACUCCACAAGCACCUAUGAUUCAUUCAUCUGGUAGCUCACAAUCUUCUGCUCAUAGCCAAUACAACAUUCAGAAUAUCUCCACAGGACCUCGCAAAAAUCAAAUUGAAAUCAAACUUGAACCGCCACAAAGAAACAGUUCUUCUAAAUUGCGUUCAACUGGCCCUCGCACCUCCACCGUUCCCUCUUCCCUCAACAGCCAGACAUUAGGUAGAAGUCAACCCACUGUUUACAUAUCGGCCAGUCCUCCAAAUACUGAUGAAGUGAUCACACGUGGUCAGCCCAAGGUCUACAUUUCAGCAAAUGCCACGACAGGAGAUGAUCAGCUUGUGCGGAACCAGCCCACGCUUUUCAUAUCCACAAAUCCUGGAGUAUCUACUACUGCUAGGAAUAUGUCUGGUCAAGUAAGCAUGGGUCCUGCAUUUAUUCAUCACCAUCCACCCAAGAGUCGAGCAGUGGGCAACAGCACCACUGCAACUUCUCCUCGAGUGGUUGUUACACAGCCUAACACAAAAUAUACUUUUAAAAUUACAGUUUCUCCAAAUAAGCCCCCUGCAGUUUCCCCAGGGGUAGUAUCCCCAACUUUUGAACCUACAAACCUUCUAAACCUUCCUGAUCACUAUGUUGAACCAGAGGGUAUCCAGCAUCUUACUGACCCUGUUUUAGCACAUGUGGAUAGGAUCAGUGAUGCACGGAAAUUGAGUAUGGGAUCUGAUGAUGCUGCCUACACGCAAGCUUUACUGGUACACCAGAAGGCCAGGAUGGAGCGACUUCAACGAGAACUUGAGGUUCAAAAGAAAAAGUUGGAUAAACUAAAAUCAGAGGUCAAUGAAAUGGAGAAUAAUCUAACACGAAGGCGCCUGAAAAGAUCGAAUUCUGUUUCCCAAAUUCCAUCACUGGAAGAAAUGCAACAGUUAAGAAGUUGUAACAGACAGCUGCAGAUAGACAUAGAUUGCCUAACCAAAGAGAUUGAUCUUUUUCAAGCAAGAGGACCACAUUUUAAUCCCAGCGCUAUUCAUAAUUUUUACGAUAAUAUUGGAUUUCUUGGUCCCGUGCCACCAAAACCCAAAGAUCAGAGGUCCAUUGUGAAAACACCAAAGACUGUUCCAGACACAGAUGAAGAUGAGGGAGCUCAGUGGAGUUGUACCGCCUGUACUUUUUUAAACCAUCCGGCCUUAAAUCGCUGUGAACAGUGUGAAAUGCCCAGGCAUUUCUGAGCCAACAGGCCCAUUACCUUCCCUAAAACCAUAGCAAACGUACAAGGAAUUGUCUAGGCAUCGGGGGCCAAAAAAAGCAUUUAUGCAUAGGGUUUUGUAAAAUGGAAGGUGUGACGAGAUGGUGUUUUGCUAUUGUUAAAUGUCAGCCCACAGAGCAAGCAAUACCUCAGAGCUGUGUCACAGGCAGCUGACGCUGAUCGGCUGAAGGGCAAUCUGCUGAGAGACUCGCCAGCUGCCUGAACCAUGUACAGUAUUACCAGGAACACACACCGUGUUCAGUGCCUGGGUGUCACCCAUCCUCUUCUCUGCCCCAGUGUCACUACUGAAUUCUGACAGGGGAAAGGAAUAGAGUGCUAGUGUUUUUGUUUUCAGAGCUUUCAGUGAAACACUACAUGCACAAAGGAAAUCUUAAAAGGAACAAGGUUUAAAUAUUUAAACUGUUUGCUGCCACAUAGUGCCUUUGAUAAAGGGAAGAACUUCACAAAUCAGUGGUACUCUUUGCCUUGUCUUCCCUGAAAACAUCUCUGUGAAGCCAGAAAUCAUUACAAUCACAUCUAAAGAUGAAAAGGAAAAACUGCAUGCGUUGUCUGUACAAUACACACAGUGAAAUACCCCAAAGCUUUUCCUACUGUACAUAGCUCUAGAGCCUGCUUUAAGUGAUUUCUUUUCCUCACCUUUAUUAUUUUCUUGUACUUCUGUAUGUAUAGUGUAAUAGUCUUUUUGUUAACUUUCUUUUUUUCCCUUUAAGUGAUUAAGCACGAUCAUGUCCCUUUUUUUAAGCUUUUAUCUGAGAGAAGCAAUGCCUUAAAAUAAGAGCAUUAGUAAAAAACUAUGCACAAAAUAGCUUUCCUCUGCUCGUUCUGUACAUUGCUCUUGUAAAUGCUGAUGAUCUGUGAAGACCUGCAGAUGCAGCGUGGUAAAAGUGCAGGAAAAGUUGGAAGUUAUGCAUAUAGUUCACUCUGUACACUGAGUUUUACGGUGGGUGACACAAAGGGAGCAUUUUGUCUGCUGUGAGGAAACUUUAUACUAGGAAACUUUCAACCCACCAACAGAUCAGCAUCCGAGUUAAGCUUGCUUCAUCUGCUGGGUGUCUUGCAGACUCCUGAAGAGAGAUUCAUUGGGGAAGUACAUAAAGUGCCAAAAUCAACAGCAGCAGCAUCGUACGGCUUUGUUCAAGGACUUUAAAUGCUUUCCUGUUUUGGCAGCCAGUUUCUAAACCUGACUUUGUGGUGAAGUCUCAUAUUUAUAGAAAACAAGGAUAGCGAUAUUUAGGACAACUGAAAUAAAGGCUGGAAAAGAGAAAUUAAACAGACUUGAACACUGAAGCAACCUCAAGCAUCUCUUUUAUUUUAAUGAUCUAUUUUUUUAAGGAAAAUACUCACAUGAUCGGGGAUGUAUGUAACCGAGAUCAAGAAAAUGGAAUUCCAGUACAAUAUGCAUGAAAGACGGCACACAAAGAAUUAUGUAGCAGCAGCACUUAGCGUGAGGCUGGAGGGAGUGCUAACCAUGUAGCAAGAGACAAAGUAGACUGUCACCCACUGUAAACAUCCUCCAGUGGACACUUUUAUUAGGAGUUUUACAAGUGAUCUAUGUGAAUGCACAGAGGCCUUUGUUUUGAAGGCUUUGCAAUUUUUUUUAUGUGGGAAGAAAAUGUCAAUCCCAGGUAAUUAGGCAGUAGACCCAAAGCAGUUGCAUUCAAUGCAUUUUGUUUAUAAAAUGAGGCCUUGUUUUUCAGCUUCAUCUGCAGUUCUAUGUGAAGAUUGACAAAUCAGUUUUUACCUGUUUAUUAAUAAAACCUAAUUUGGAUAUCUUGAGUUGAUGGUUUUGUGAUUUAGCUGGGUAAACUGCCUUUGUAACAGAUAAGUUAUUUAUAAAAAUUAAAAAAAAUAUAUUCUAA